CGACACACCGGUUCGCCCAAAACAGCUUAACCAUCGCUGACCUCUUUAUCGCAUCAGUCAUCCCAGUGAGUCGUGCUUUCUGCCAAUUUUUUUCGAGUCUAGUCGUUUUUGGGCCUCUUCUUGUCUGUCUGGCUGUUAUCCAUCAUCCUGGGAAUCGCUUCCUCUCUCUUGCUCUUUCAUUCAAACUCAACCCAACCCACCUAACCACCCCCCCUCUCCACUCCCUUUCUCUUCCUUUCUUCCCUUUGCCUUUUGGCUGAGGUGCGACAAUGGUUGGAAGUACCCUGGCAAUCCGGUCCAAGAUGGCUUCCCCAUCUGCCGCUAUGCAGCUGUCGUCGCUGUCGCGCAGGUCGCUUUCGACGCGACCCCAGCUUCUCCGGUCCGCACGUCCCUUGAGAGUCUCCCAGCAGCAAUUCCAGCGCUCCACCCGUCGCGCCUAUGCCGAUGCUGCUCAACCCGCAUUGCCCGCUCCUAAGCCUAAGAAGCGCUUCGGUUUCUUGCGCUGGACCUGGCGCCUGACCUGGUUGAGCACUUUGGGUUUCACUGGUUACCUGGCCUACAGUGUCUACGACUCAUGCCACCCUGUCGAUCAGAUUGAACCCGAUCCGAGCAAGAAGACUUUGGUUGUCCUGGGUUCGGGAUGGGGCUCCGUCUCCUUGUUGAAGAAGCUCGACACUGAGAACUACAAUGUCGUCGUCAUUUCGCCCCGGAACUACUUCCUCUUCACUCCUCUCCUGCCCUCCUGCACGACUGGUCAGGUUGAGCACCGCUCUAUCAUGGAGCCCAUCCGCAACAUCCUCCGUCAAAAGAAGGCUCACGUGAAGUUCUACGAAGCCGAAGCUACCAAGAUCGACUACGAGAAGCGCGUCGUGUACAUUAGCGAUGAUUCUGAGAUCAAGGGUGAGAUCUCUCACACCGAGGUGCCCUUCGACAUGCUCGUCGUCGGUGUCGGUGCCGAGAACGCUACUUUCGGUAUCAAGGGUGUGAAGGAGCACUCCUGCUUCCUCAAGGAGGUUGACGAUGCCCAGAAGAUCCGCAAGCGCAUCAUGGACUGCGUCGAGACCGCCAUGUUCAAGGAUCAGACCCCCGAGGAGGUCAAGCGCCUGUUGCACAUGGUUGUCGUUGGUGGUGGCCCUACGGGUGUUGAGUUCGCCGGUGAGCUGCAGGACUUCUUCGAGGAGGACUUGAAGAAGUGGGUCCCUGAGAUCCAGGAGAACUUCCGCGUCACCCUGGUCGAGGCUCUUCCCAACGUUCUGCCCAUGUUCUCCAAGCAGCUGAUUGACUAUACCGAGUCGACCUUCAAGGAGGAGAAGAUUACCAUCCGCGCCAAGACUAUGGUCAAGAAUGUCACCGACAAGUUCAUCGAGGCCGAAGUGUCCAACCCUGACGGCACCAAGACUCUGGAGAAGAUUCCUUACGGCCUCCUGGUUUGGGCCACCGGUAACGCUGUUCGCCCCGUUGUUCGCGACUUGAUGAGCCAGCUUCCCGCUCAGAAGAACUCCCGCCGUGGUUUGGCCGUCAACGAGUACCUCGUCGUGAACGGCGCUGAGAACGUUUGGGCUGUCGGUGACUGCGCUAUCACCAACUACGCUCCUACCGCCCAGGUCGCCAGUCAGGAGGGUGCUUUCCUUGCCCGCCUGUUCAACACCAUGGCCAAGACUGAGAACAUCGAGACUGAGCUGAAGCAGCUGUCUGAGGCCCAGUCCCAGGCCAAGAACGAUGAGGAGCGCAACCAGAUCUUCGAUGAGAUCCGUGAGCGCCAGAAGCAGCUGCGCAGAACCAAGCAGAUUGGUCCCUUCCAGUACUCCCACCAGGGAAGUCUGGCUUACAUUGGGAAGGAGCGUGCUGUUGCCGACAUCAGCUGGCUGAGCGGCAACAUCGCCAGUGGUGGUACCAUGACCUACCUCUUCUGGCGCAGUGCGUACCUGAGCAUGUGCUUCAGCACUCGUAACCGUGUCCUGGUCGCUGUCGACUGGAUCAAGGCCAAGGCUUUCGGCCGUGACGUGUCUCGGGAGUAAUUUGCCCGCUAACACACCAUGCGGAUUCCAGUGUAUCACUAUCAGCAGACAUGCUACGCCUAUGAAUCUUUUGCAGCGAGGAACUUGCUCUUUUUUAAUACCGCCAUCCGUUUCCUCUCCGCACUCCCACUUUCUCCGUGACGCCUUCUGUAUGACUACCCGACUCGAUGUGGAGUAAAGUCCUAUAGUGUCUGUCAACUUGCUCCACCACAGGCAACAUGAUCAAAAGCACUACCCACGCUUCUCGCUCUAGUGGCUUCUGACAUCUGAAACGAGGAAGAAGCUACUACGAACUGGGGUGAGCAGCAUGCAUCCCAUUGGGCAAAAGUACUAUUUUGGUCCUUCUUUUUCAUUUGUUUGUCAAUGUUUUGUGUACGGAAUGAUAGACCGGGUUCGGGUUACUGUUUAGAUAUGCUUAGAAUUGGCCAUUCUUUUCCUUUCUUUCGUUAUUAGUCUUCUGUAUACAGUACACUAUCUCUGAUG